GACACCCCACUCGCACCACAAACAUUUGCAAUAAGCAGUGGGUGUGGGCGGUCGUCUAUCGUCUCCUCUUCGAACACUCUCGCCGUCCGCGGAUCCAACCAAAAUUGGAUUACUCGAGAGAGAGUGUUUGGUUACAAGGACACAAUAGUAAUGCUUAUUUUGUUGGUUAGAGACAGAUUGAAAUAGAGAGACACAGGAGUUAAACAGAGGAAGAGGAAAAUGGGGGAGAUUUCCGGUUACCGGGAGUAUUUGGCAGGUUUGAUCGCUGGCGUUGCCACCGUCGCUAUUGGUCAUCCCUUUGACACCGUCAAGGUGUUCGACGAAAGGUGUUAACCAUUUGCUCAAUGUAUCAGGUGAAGCUGCAAAAACAUAAUACUGAAGCUCAUGGGAUUAAGUAUAGGAACGGAUUGCAUUGCACGGCUAGGAUACUAAAGACAGAAGGGAUUAAAGGACUUUAUACAGGGGCAACAUCAUCUUUUAUUGGGGUGGCUUUUGAGAGUUCACUUCUUUUUGGCAUUUAUUCACAGACAAAACAAUCUCUACAGGGAGAGUUACAAAGUGAUAAGCCACUGCCCAAAGUCAUAAUUCCAUCGGCAGCUUUUAGUGGAGCUAUAAUUAGUUUCGUCUUAUGUCCAUCUGAGCUGGUUAAGUGUAGGAUGCAAGUUCAGGGAACUGACUCUGUGGUUCCAAAGUCCAGCAGAUACAGUAGUCCUCUGGAUUGUGCUCUUCAGACUGUGAAAAGUGAAGGGGUUACCGGAAUUUUUCGUGGAGGACUUGCAACGUUUUUAAGAGAAUCUGUUGGAAAUGCAGUCUUCUUUAGUGUUUAUGAGUAUGUUCGUUAUUACAUGCAUUCACAACUGAAAGCUGCUUCCUUUAACCACAGCAAUUUGUUUGACAUGGGUGUUGGUAUUGUUAGUGGUGGCCUUGGUGGUGUAGCUUUCUGGUCUGCUGUUCUGCCUUUGGAUGUGGCAAAAACCAUUAUUCAGACUUCACCAGAUAGAAGCUCUUCUAGAAAUCCGUUUCAAGUUCUGAACAUGAUUUACAGGAGGACUGGACUUAAAGGAUGCUAUGCUGGUUUAGGUCCCACAAUAGCGAGAGCAUUUCCUGCUAAUGCUGCUGCAAUUGUCACCUGGGAGCUAGCAAUGAAAAUGUUGGGAAUCAAGCACGAUUAAAGAUAAUUCACUUAUAAUGUUUUUUCUUGACCUUUCAAGCAAUCCGAUGGCUAGGCCAUGUAUGUUUCCUGAAUCACUGGAUUCACACUAAGCAGUUUACUCUAAUUUAAAUUUCGGAGAGAAGAAUUCUCUACACUUCUGCUAGACACACAAAAAAGGAGAUAAGUGACAAGUUGGUGCGUAUUUUCUGGUUGGCAUACUAAUUUACAUGUCAACUUACAACGGAACACAUAAUUGGUUCCAUGGUCUGGUUGAAGAGGUUGCUUAAGCAAGCACCAUUUGAAGUAUAGGAGUAUGUGUCUCUGUUCUUGCAAUAACCAUCCAGGUCAUGUGUAUUGAACUUGUUUCAUAGAAACAAUUGAGCAGAAAUUUGAUUGAUACUGCUUCUGAUUUGUGAACGGACACAAAACUGUCAUGCUGAUGAGUCUUUGUAAUUCUUCUGUGUCAAACUUGGCAUAUCCAUAUCUUAAUGUUGAUUGAAUUUUACAUUACAACCCUUCAUGGUUUGCAAUGGGAAGUUGUAGUUUCACUAUUCA